UGGUUCUGAAAGGAACCAGUUGGUGGUAAAACAUGAUGUUCCGAUCAGUAUGUACUGAUUGGCUUCCACUAAGGAUCAGAGAGGCCAGCAAGAUCCAAACACAUCAUACCGUGCCCCAAGACAUGGAAUUCCACCUGAGCAAUAUCUUGCGCUCCCUACUUCCAGCAUCCUCUCAUCCACACCUCAGUGACAAGCCUCAAACAUCCUCAUCGCCACACCUUAGUAACUGGCCUCAAGCAUCGUCAUUGCCACACCUCAGUAUCCAGCCUCAAGCAUCCUCAUGGCCACACCUCAGUAACCAGCCUCAAGCAUCCUCAUCGCCACACCUCAGUAACCAGCCUCAAGCAUCCUCAUUGCCACACGUCAGUAACCAGCCUCAAGCAUCCUCAUCCCCACACCUCAGUAACCAGCCUCAAGCAUCCUCAUCGCCACACCUUAGUAAUAAGCCUCAAGCAUCCUCAUCGCCACACCUUAGUAACCAGCCUCAAGCAUCCUCAUUGCCACACGUCAGUAACCAGCCUCAAGCAUCCUCAUUGCCACACGUCAGUAACCAGCCUCAAGCAUCCUCAUUGCCACACCUCAGUAACCAGCCUCAAGCAUCCUCAUGGCCACACCUCAGUAACCAGCCUCAAGCAUCCUCAUCGCCACACCUUAGUAACCAGCCUCAAGCAUCCUCAUCGCCACACCUCAGUAACCAGCCUCAAGCAUCCUCAUGGCCACACCUCAGUAACCAGCCUCAAGCAUCCUCAUCGCCACACCUUAGUAACCAGCCUCAAGCAUCCUCAUUGCCACACGUCAGUAACCAGCCUCAAGCAUCCUCAUUGCCACACGUCAGUAACCAGCCUCAAGCAUCCUCAUGGCCACACCUCAGUAACCAGCCUCAAGCAUCCUCAUUGCCACACGUCAGUAACCAGCCUCAAGCAUCCUCAUGGCCACACCUCAGUGACCAGCCUCAAGCAUCCUCAUCGCCACACCUUAGUAACCAGCCUCAAGCAUCCUCAUCGCCACACCUCAGUAACCAGCCUCAAGCAUCCUCAUUGCCUCACCUUAGUAACCAGCCUCAAGCAUCCUCAUCGCCACACGUCAGUAACCAGCCUCAAGCAUCCUCAUUGCCUCACCUUAGUAACCAGCCUCAAGCAUCCACAUUGCCACACCUCAGUAACCAGCCUCAAGCAUCCUCAUGGCCACACCUCACCUCAUUGCCAUACCUCACCUCAUUGCCACAUGUCAGUAACCAGCCUCAAGCAUCCUCAUUGCCACAGCUUAGUAUCCAUCCUCAAACAUCCUCAUGGCCACACCUCAGUAACCAGCCUCAAGCAUCCUCAUGGCCACACCUCACCUCAUUGCCAUACCUCACCUCAUUGCCACAUGUCAGUAACCAGCCUCAAGCAUCCUCAUUGCCACAGCUUAGUAUCCAUCCUCAAACAUCCUCAUGGCCACACCUCAGUUACCAGCUUCAAGCAUCCUCAUUGCCACACCUCAGUAAUCAGCCUCAAAUAUCCUCACGGCCACACCUCAGUAACCAACCUCAAGCAUCCUUAUCGCCCCACCUCAGUGACCAGCCUCAAGCGUCUUCAUCACCACGCCUCAGUAUCCAGCCUCAAGCAUCUUUAUUGCCACUCCUUAGUGACCAGCCUCCAGCAUCUUCAUUGCCACACCUCAUUAACCAUCUUCAUCUCCCAGCAAUCACCCUUCAGCACCCAUUUCUGCACAUGCAUUAGUUAUCACCCAGCCUGGUAAAAUGCAUUCCCAUCCACCAAUAUGGCAUUCUCCUGAAUGUGAUCAGAGCAUACUGUUCAGGACAUUGAGUUUUACAACCAACCAGUUCUUCCCGGAACCACACACCUUCCCAAAACAGAUAUCCUCAUGGUGUAACCACAAAC